AUGAAGUGCAUCGGCAAGGCGUGGGUCGUACUCACUUUUGGCGUCACCCUGUGGGCGACUCAGAAUUCUUUGGGGGCGGUGGCGGUCAAACAGGUUAGCACCAGUGCCUCGCGGCCGUUGAUUCGACAUCGUCGAAGGACGGGCGACGAACCAGUAGAGAUCCAAAGUCCCAAGACCGAGCACCAAACUCUCAUGGUGGACGUCCGGCCUCGUCAAAGGUUGAGAGAUGUAAAGAUCCGAAAUCACAAUGUCAAGGACCAAACCAUCACGACGGACCUCCGUCGCCAUCGAAGGAUGAGAGAUAGAGGGAUCCGAAGCAAAUACCAAACAAAUAAGCUGGAGGACCGCAGUCCUCGUCGACACGCUCCAAACCCCCACCGCAGGCUACGACUCGACGAAACUCUCGUCAAUGGAAAUGCGAGCAGCAAAUUCAGCUUGACCACAGGUGGAGCGCCAAAGAGCAGAUCAUUCCUACUACCCUCUGUUCUUGCCUUCUCAUUCGUCAACUGCACCUUGACCUGUGAUGAAACCACAUCCAAUACUUCUUCCUUUGACUUUGAUCGAAGGACAUACUGGAGGUUCGACAGCGAGGCAGUUGGAAGCUCUGUAAGCGAUGAUGGGGAUGUCUCAGGCUUCUGCCCACACAACAUCGUGAUUACCACCUCGGGAGUUGAUGUUGACAUACACUUUCUUGUGGAGAUUGAUGCUGUUGAUAGCCCUGUCACCAAGGGGGUCUUCACUUGCACCCAUGCUAAUGGAUCCUCUGCUUCUGCCACUUUUUCAGCUCCUCCACCGACGACUCUUCUCUCUAACGGAGUUGCCACAGAUCCAUUCAAUCUGUAUGCUACCGAUGAAGUUGACAUGGAGAGGAAUUUUGAGAUUUAUGUACCAGCUUUCUCCACAGUUAGCUGCACAUUUUCCUGCAAUGAAACAUCCUAUGGUCAAGGAACACGGAGGAGAACAAGCUUUAGGUAUGGCAGAGAAGCCACUGGGAGUAGCUUGUCUGAUGAUGGUUCUGAUCUUGGGCUGUGCCCACAUGUCUUGAGCUUCACAACUCCUGGGAUUGAUGUUGAGUUGUAUUUACGGGUGGCCGCAGAAGACAAAUACAGCACAAUCACCGAUGGAGUACUCGUUUGUAGACAUUCUGGCGGAACUUUCACCUCUGGAACUACACCCAGUCCAACCCCUACCACCACCUUGUCCAAUGGAGUGGCAACCAGUCCAUUCAACUUGUAUGCUAGAGAGAGUACUGACUUUGAAAGACAGUUCCUUUUGCCAUCGGUGCCCGCCUUUGCUUCAGUCAUGUGCAACUUUACCUGUGAUGAAACCUUGUUUGGUCAAGGUUCCCGAAGGGAGACAUCUUUCAGGUUUGAUGGAGAGGCAACUGGAAGCAGUUUGUCUGAUGAUGGCUCCAGCUCUGGGCUUUGCCCACACACAUUCAAUUUCCUAACUCCGGGGAUUGAUGCGGAUUUGUACAUUAGAGUGGCAACUGAAGACAGGCACAGUACAAUCAGCAAUGGAGUUCUUGCAUGUUCCCAUACAGGUGGCACUUCAACAACAGGAACUACAUCCUUUCAUCCUACUCCCAUUGCUACUUUGACAAAUGGAAUACCAACAAGCCCAUUCAACCUCUAUGCCACAGACACGUUUGAUGAUACCAGGCAUUUCAUUCUUCCAUCAGUAACAGCCUUCUCCAAUGUAACUUGCACAUUCAUCUGCUCUGAGACAUCUUUAGGACAAGGAAGCCGCAGGGAGACAUCAUACAGGUUUGGCAGUAGAGCAACUGGAAGCAGUUUGUCAGAUGAUGGCUCAAGCUCUGGGCUAUGCCCACACACAUUCGAUUUCCUGACUCCAGGGAUUGAUGUUGAUUUGUACAUUAGAGUGGCGACUGAAGACAGACACAGUACAAUCAGCAAUGGGGUCCUCAGCUGCUCACACUUUGGUGGCACUCCCACAACUGGUGCAUUCCCCAGCCCAUCUCCUGUAACCACCCUGACAAAUGGAGUGUCUGUUGGACCAUUCAACCUCUAUGCCUCAGCAAUAUCUGAUGCUACUAGGCAGUUUCUUCUUCCAGCAGUUCCAGCCUUCUCCAGUGUGCUAUGCCUAUUCACCUGUGACGAAAUCUCCACAGAUCAAGGAACCCGCAGGGAGACUUCCUACAGGUUUGAUGGUGAUGCAACAGGUAGUUUUCAAGAUGAUGGUUCAGACUCUGGGCUGUGCCCACAUAUGCUGAGCUUCAAAACUCCAGGCAUUGAUUUGGAUUUGUUCAUCAGAGUGGCAGCUGAAGAUGUGCACAGCACAAUCAGCAAUGGAAUCUUGACUUGUACCCACACUGGAGGCACUUCGACAAAUGCAACUGUACCUAUCCCAACGCCCGCUUCCACAUUGACAAAUGGGGUAGCAACAAGCUCAUUCAACCUCUAUGCCACCGAUUCCUUUGAUGCAGUUAGGCGGUUUGUUCUUCCAUCGGUGCCUGCAUUUUCAUCAGUAUGCUGCACUCUCACUUGCGAAGAGGCCUACACAGACCAAGGAACCAGAAGGGAACUAUCCUACAGGUUUGACAGUGAAGCAACAGGUGGUUUUACAGAUGAGGGUUCAGACUCUGGGCUCUGCUCACUCUAUUUCAGCCUCAUAUCUCCAGGAAUUGAUCUGGAUUUCUAUGUGAGAGUUGCAUCUGAAGACAAGUACAGCACAAUCAGCAAUGGAGUCCUGGUUUGUACACACACAGGGGGUACCUCUGCAAUUGCAACUAUACCCAGCCCAACACCAACUACCAGCUUGUCUAAUGGGGUGGCCUCAAGCCCAUUCAAUUUGUAUUCCAACGAAAAAUUUGAUUAUUCAAGGCAGUUCCUUCUGCCAUCAGUUCCUGCUUUCUCAUUUGUGGAGUGCAUUCUUACUUGUUCUGAGACUCAGGCUGGCCAAGGGUUCGACAAGGAAACAUCCAUCCGGUUUGGUACUGAGGCAACUGGGAGCUUUCUAACUGAUGAAGAUAGAGACUCAGGGAGUUGUCCACACUCCUUGAGCUUCUUUGCCCCUGGCAUUGACUUAGACUUGUAUCUGAGAGUUGCAACGGAAGACAUCUACAGCACAAUUAGCAAUGGAAUCCUUACAUGCACUCAUUUUCAUGGCACUCCAACUACAGCCACAGCUCCCAGUCCCACACCGACUACUUCACUAACCAAUGGUAUAUCCAGCAGCAAGUUCAAUUUGUAUGCAAAUGACACCACUUCCACAGUUGGCAGACAGUUUCUUCUGGCUUCAGUUCCUGCUCUUUCUAGGGUGAAAUGUAAACUCAAGUGUGAUGAAGUCAAAAGUGGUCAAGGAGGUGACAGAGAAACUUGGUACAGGUAUGACAGUGAGGCCACUGGGAGUUUCUCAGCAGAUGAGAGGGGAGACACGGGGCUUUGUCCACAUUUAUUCACAUUUUACACUCCUGGAGUUGACAUAGAUCUUUACUUGCUGGUGCAAACUGAUGACACCUACAGCACCAUCUCCAAUGGGGCCAUUACUUGCACCUACUUAGGAGGGACUCCCACCACAGCAGUAACCCCCAGCCCAACUCCGACCACAAACUUAACCAGUGGAGUUGCCAGUGCUUCAUUCAACUUGUAUGCCAAUGCUACCACAGACUUUGGGCGCCAGUUCCUUCUUCCAGUACCCGCCCUGUCAAGAGUUUUGUGUACAUUUACAUGUGAUGAGAUUUCAGAUGGCCAAGGGAUAGAGAGAACAACAUGGUACAGAUUUGACACCGAGGCCACUGGGAGUUUCUCAGCAGAUGAGAGGGGAGAUUCUGGCCUAUGUCCCCAUUCAUUCAGCUUCUCCACUCCUGGUUUUGAUAUCGAUCUAUUUCUGCUUCUGGAAACAACUGAUCAAUACAGUACCAUCAGCAAUGGAGUCCUAAGUUGCACCCAUUCAGGGGGAACUCCCACAACAGCCAUUACCCCCAGUCCAACUCCAACCACCACCUUGAGCAAUGGAGUUGCCAGUGCUUCAUUCAACCUGUAUGCAAAUGCAACCACAGAUUUUGGAAGACAGUUUCUCCUUCCCAUACCUGCCCUGUCUCGAGUAGUUUGCACUUUGGUGUGUAAUGAAAUGUCCUCUGGUCAGGGGACUAGUAGAACAACAUGGUACAGAUUUGACACGGAGGCCACUGGGAGUUUCUCAGCGGAUGAGAGGGGAGAUUCUGGGCUAUGUCCACAUUCAUUUGACUUCUUCACCCCUGGUUUUGAUAUCAAUCUAUUUCUGCUUGUGGAAACAACUGAUCAAUACAGCACGAUCACCAAUGGAGCAAUUACUUGCACCCACUCAGAAGGAACUCCAACAACAGCUGUAACCCCCAGCCCAACUCCAACCACAACCUUAUCCAAUGGAGUUGCCAGUGAUUCGUUCAACCUGUAUGCAAAUGAAACCACAGAUUUUGGUAGGCAAUUUUUUCUGCCAGUGCCUGCACUGUCUUCUGUGUUCUGUGUCAUGGAAUGUUCAGAAACUAGUUCAGAUCAAGGUACCAGCAGGAGAACAUCUUACCGCUUUGAUGCCGAGGCUACUGGCAGCUUUUCAACUGAUGAAGGCUCAGACUCAGGGCUCUGUCCACAUUUCUUUCGAUUCUUCACUCCUGGUUUUGAUAUCAAUUUGUUUAUCCUUGUGGAAACAACUGCAACAUACAGCACGAUCACCAAUGGAGCCCUGACAUGUACUCAUUUUGGGGGCACUCCCACCACAGCUGUUACCCCCAGUCCAACCCCUACCACCACCCUAUCCAAUGGAGUUGUCAGCAGCUCGUUCAACUUGUAUGCCAAUACCACCACGGACUUUGGAAGGCAGUUCCUUUUUCCAGUGCCUGCUUUGUCUGCUGUGUUCUGUACACUGGAAUGUUCAGAAACAAGGUCAGGUCAGGGCUCUAGCAGAACAACAUGGUACAGGUAUGGCAGUGAGGCAGCUGGGAGCUCCACAACAGAUGAGAGGGGAGACUCUGGGCUGUGUCCACACUCCUUUAGUUUUUGCAUUCCUGGCUUUGAUAUCGAUUUGUUUAUCCUGGCAGAAACAACCGCAACAUACAGCACCAUCAGCAAUGGAGUCAUAACCUGUAAUCAUUUUGGUGGAACUCCUAUGACAGCUGUAACUCCCAGUCCAACGCCAACCACUACCCUUGCAAAUGGUGUUGCCAGCAGCUCUUUCAACCUAUUUGCCAACGCAACAACAGACUUUGGAAGACAGUUCCUCCUUCCAGUACCUGCUUUGGCUUCUGUUUCAUGCCACUUAGAAUGUUCAGAAACACUGCCAGGUCAGGGUACAGACAGGGCAACAUGGUACAGGUUUGAUGCUGAGGCGGCUGGAAGUUCUUCCACAGAUUUCAGAGGUGAUUCUGGGUUUUGUCCCCAUUCAUUCAGCUACACUAGUCCUGGCUUUGAUAUCAAUCUGUUUAUCCUUGUGGAAACAACUGGACAGUACAGCCCCAUCACCAAUGGAGUCCUGACAUGUACCCAUGCGGGUGGCAGAUCAAUCACUGCCACAACUCCAAGUCCAGCACCAACCACCAUCCUUACCAAUGGUGUUGGCACCAGUCCUUUCAACCUGUAUGCCAAUGCCACCACAGACUUUGGAAGGCAAUUUCUUCUUGCGGGCAUUCCUGCCAAUGCUGUUGUUGUCUGCAGACUGACAUGCAAGGAAACAGAGUUUGCUCAGGGUACCGACAGAGCAACAUGGUACCGAUUCAACAAUGAGUCAACGGGAAGCUUUACCACCGAUCAAGGACGGGACUCUGGCUACUGUCCACACAGUAUUUCGUUUACAACUUCGACUGCCUUGGAUCUCUACUUGUUGGUGGAAACUACUGGGCAGUACAGCCCGAUCAGUAAUGGGGUUCUCACUUGUACAUCGUCUCUCCCAACCACCACCACCACAGCAACACCGGGCUCUUUGAAUGAUUUCACAGCGGGAACUCCAGUGCCUACCGGUACACCUGCACCACCAAUGCCUGCACCGCCUCCAACUUCAACAAUGACACCAUCUGCCGGGGCAAGUUCUACUAAUGCACCAUCAAUGAUGGAGCCAACGUCGACAUCUCUUCUUGUGGAUAAGUUGCAAGAGGGAUUCAAUGCAUUUCUUUCUUUUGUGUAUCCUUGA